AUGCCCGCCUCCCCUUCCUCUGACGAUCUGUACUUCACAGAGGGCACAGGGCAGAAUACCACUGCUACUAAUGAUAAUGACAAUGAUGAUGAUUACGCGGACGAGUUGUCGCCCUCAGAUGGUUACUUUGCCUCAGGCGUCUCGUCCAAUGUCGCCGCCCGCAACGUCCCAAAUGUGAUGGUCCCUGACCCCACCGUCCGGGACUCAGACGUAGAGACGAACAAGAACGAGGCCAAGGCUUUGCAGGCAAGGCAAGAAUCUCUCUUAAAUAGUACUGCUCGCGGCGACUCGCAACCUCAGGCCCUGUCGGCUAGAGAUUUCAUUGAAUCGCAACUGCAGAGGUCGGCGCCAUCCACCCGCUCCGACUCCACGUACAACAACAUACCACCAAUCCACACGCCGCCUACGUCGUAUGCGCCAUCGUCGUCGUCGACGUCACAUCCUGCGUCCACAUCUAGGCAGCAGUAUAGACCGUCCCCUGCCCCGGGACGUACCCUCUCUCUAUAUUCUGAGGCGCCGCCGGCUUAUACACCUUCCCAUACAGCCACCACACCACUGUCGCCCAGUAGAGAGACUAACCAGACCACCAAUUACGGUUCCAUCUCACCAACUUCACCAACUACUACUCCUCCACCAAACAUGGGCAUCGAGAAUGAACGCCUCCUCGGGAGGGACCCCGAGAGCAUGGGCGAGCCUGGAGAAGAGCCAGUAUACUCACCACGCUGGAGCAGGCGCAUCAGGAGGAGGUUCCCCUGGUUCAAUUGGAAGCUAGCUCUGUUCGCGCUCGUUUUGUUGGCAGUAACGUUUGGCUUCUUAAUCAGUGGAUAUAAAGCCGUGAGGGGUGACUCGGGAAAGACCAUACGACCGACAUUACCAGAGGAGGACAAUACACCACCGUCAGAGCCAUCAUCACCGGCGGAUCCUUCUAAUCCGGCCCAGCCAGGGUCACCGGCCAAAGAACCCUUACGAUCAACAUACUGUCACGACGCCAAAUAUCGUUUCCCUGACCAGAUAAUGGCCGUAAAGUUCACCAAGGACAAGAACCUUACAUUUGUCCAAGGGGUGACUACCCACUCUGGUAAUAUGAAUGUUCGAGUUGGAGGCCAGGUCAACCUCAGAAAGCUCGAUGAUGGAGGCAUCCCUCGAGUCGUCGUUGAGCUUAUCACAAACGAUGAUCUACUUCGACUUGACAGCUACAUCAACGAGGAGGAGCAGGAGAUGGGCCUCCACGUACCAAAGAGGCGCAUAUCCGAUAACACGGAAGAAGGUCCUUGUCUGGAAAUCCUAGCCACGAUCUGGGUGCCGCAAGAUGCCGAGUUGCAGCAGCUAGCCGUGGGUACGGUUCAUCUAGACAUUCUCACCCUCGACGACCUGUCCAUUCGGAUUUCCGAGAUGACCAAGUUUUCCUCAACGCUUGGCGAGGUUGCGUCUGGAUUGACGAAGCCAAAGACGUAUGAUUCUCCCAGCGGUGUGAAGGCGGAUGCUCCCGACUUUACAUUUGUCCCGGCCCCAGACUCGUACGUAUUCGACUCGAGAAUCAUUGAGCUGUACAGCACCACUGGCAGCAUUAAUGGGAACUGGCCGCUCUAUGACAUGCUGGGCAUUCAUACCACGUCGGGCAACAUUAUGGCGAGCAUCACGCCAAAGCCAGUGCUAGAGUCUGACCCAAAGCCGGCAGUGCUGUCACUGAGCUCCGUAUCUGGCACUAUUCACGCCAAUGAGCCCAUUCACGAACUGAAGAAAAUCCCAAUCCGCGACUAUCUGGUCGACGUCAAGUCAACAUCUGGCGGAAUACAUUGCGCCUUGGCAUUCGGAAGAGGCAUUGAUUUGAAGAGUACUGCGAGCGACAUUGCUGUCGACCUUUUACCUGUGCUCGAUUCUAGUGUAUUAUCGCCCUCUCAACCGGCGCAACUGGAGACGGUAACAACCAGCGGCACAACAGCAGUACGCAUCUUGGAGCCGGUCUGGUUUGGCUCCAAAAGCAGCGCCGCGGCCACCCCCGACUUCAACUGCCUCCAGGCGAUACACAAGUCCACCAGCGCCAACAUUGGUCUCCGGUACCCGCAGUCGUGGAUCGGCGACAUUCACGCCGACACGACUAGCGGUUCGCUCUCGGUCACGGGCAAAGACGUCCGAGUCACAAAAUCAGGCGGGGGCUGGCCUGGAAGCACACUGUCGGCCUACAAGGGCAAGAGCGGAGGCGCCUCGACCAUUACGGUCAAGACGAUGCUUGGAAACCUUGAUGCCGUGCUUGGGGAUGAGUAG